AUGGGCAGCUGGCACGAGGCACGCCUGAUAGCUCAGACAGAACAAAUCUUUGUCUCCCAACAGAGCCUGUGUUUGUUAAGCAAACCUGCUUACCUGACCUACCAGGUGCCCUGGGAAGGCUCCAUCCUGCCAGUGACAGCGUGCUGUACAUGUGGCAAGGUUGGCUGCCAUGCGCACCAGUCCGGAUUGCGCCAUGAACGAGCAGGGCUCCGGCACACACUGGAGACACUGGAUGCAAGAGCUGCUGCAACAGCCAGGCCUUUCUCAUACAAGGAAGAGGCACAAGGAAUUUCAGCACUGCAAGAUGAGCUGGCAUUGCAGCCUGGGGUUUCACAGAAAACCCAGCUUGAUAUUACUCCCUUAAUGCACCUGGACAUGAGCUACCACUGCACAGCAGUCCCAAGUCAGGCUGUCUGCUCCACCACCACAGGGGCCUUUGGUGGUCCUGAACCUGAAUAUGGCUGGCAGUUUGUACCGGUGCUAGCCACAUUGAAUUUGGCAUUCUCUGCCACCUUGAUUGUGAAUUUGUUUCAGGAGGCACUGGCACCUGUGGAGCCUAGUACUGAGGUGCCCAUCACAGCAGCUGCUCUUAAUGUAGCAGCAAUCUCGAUGGCAUCACCCUCUGCCUUACCUCAGCAUUCAAGCAGAAAAUCAAGCCCUUUGGAAAAUGAAGAAAGAAAAUGGAUGAUGCACUAUGCAGCCCCAAGUGAUGAUGCUAAGCAGGAAGAAACGACACCUUAUUCCUUGCUUACCGUAAGAAUCAUAAAGUUGAAAAACGCUCAUCAGGCAGAUUUUUUAAGCCAAUCUGAUUGCUAUGUGAGGCUCUGGUUGCCAACAUCUUCAGAUGACGUAUUCCACACAAAAACCAUCAAAAACUGUAGAAAUCCUGUGUGGAAUGAAACUUUCUACUUCCGGAUACAGAGAAAAGUCAAGAAUGUUCUGGAAAUUACUGUUUCUGAUGAUGACGUCAUUCAUGAUGAUGACCGUGCAAUUGUGCUUUUUGAUGUAGCUAAAAUCCCCCUUGGGGAAAGAGUUUUUACAGCAUUCCCACUAAACCCAGAGCGGAAGGAGGAGCUGGAAGUUGAAUUUGUAUUGGAGCCCAUUUGGGGUUCUCCUGAAACCAUCAUCACAAAUGGGGCAAUAGUGUGUCGUGAAGAAGCCUGCUUGGAAGUUCACUUGGACUGCAGGAGGCAAAAUAAGCGUUUUUCAGAGAAUGAGCUAACAUUUACAGUGAGAGGAUCCUUUGAAGAAACCCAGACAGUUUCAGUGGGCUGUGACUCCCGCUCCCCUCUCCCAGAUCCCACUUUCUUCCACUAUGCCAGAUACAAGCAACCUUCCCUGGAUGUUGCACUCAGAAAGAGGACGAAGCUUCCCACGUUUUGUGCUUGCAUGUCAUGUGGACCAAGGAGGAGAAGUGUCCCCUUGACAAUCCCUCUGAAGUCAAUCCCCUCCGAGCAGGAAGUAGUUGGUGAGCACAGAAAAUUUGAUUUGCUCCUUAAGGUGAAAAAAUGCAAGGAAGACCUAGAUGUACGCCUGGGGUUUGAUCUGUGUGUCCAGGAACAGGAUUUCAUUUGCAAGAGGAAAAAAGUGGUUGCAGCUGCUUUGAAGAACAUUCUCCACCUGGAAGAGGACUUGCAGGACGAUGAGGUGCCUGUGGUGGCAAUUAUGACAACAGGAGGUGGAACCAGAGCUCUGACAGCCAUGUAUGCUCACCUCCUCAGUGUGCAGGAAAUGAAUGUCUUGGACUGUGUCUCAUACAUCACUGGUUUAUCUGGAACAACAUGGACCAUGUCAAAUUUGUAUGAAGAUCCUGACUGGUCCCAAAAGGAUCUCAAGGAAACCCUCAAAGAUGUCCGAAAACAUGUACUUAAAAAUAAGUUUGUUACUUGUUUUGCCCCUGAUCGUCUGAAAUACUAUUUGGAAGAGUUGUGCCAGAGGAAACAGGAAGGACAUCAGCUGUGUUUCACAGAUCUAUGGGGACUCAUCAUCGAAACCAUGUUACAUGAUAAGGAGGACUGCCAUAAGCUCACGGAUCAGCAACAGGCACUAAAUCAGGGUCAAAACCCCCUGCCCAUCUACCUCUCUCUCAAUGUGAAGGAUAAAAUCAGCGACCAGGAUUUUAGAGAAUGGGUGGAGUUCACCCCUUAUGAGGUAGGAUUCCCAAAAUAUGGUGCCUUCAUUCAUGCAGAAGAUUUUGGCAGCGAGUUCUUCAUGGGUCACCUGAUGAAGAAAGUCCCAGAAUCCAGAAUCUGCUUUUUGGAAGGGAUCUGGAGCAGUGUAUUUUCCUUGAAUCUCAUGGAUGCUUGGUAUUUAUCUGUUAAUUCAGAAGACUUCUGGCACAAAUGGACACGAGACAAAAUUACUGACAUAGAGGAUGAAGCCCUAUUCCCUACAAGACCAAAUGAGCUGGACACUCGAGUGGUUUGUCCUCCUGACAGCUUUUCAGAAAUUUUCCGAGACGUUGCAAUGUUACGUCCAGCAGCCUCAGAAAUCCAUAACUUCCUGAAAGGCCUCCAGAUAAACAACAACUACCUAGAGAGCGAGUUCUCCAAGUGGAAAGACUGUGAGCUGGACUCCCAGCCCAACCACCUGACAACAGCAACAGACUACCUCAUCCUGAUUGACACUGCAUUUGCCUUUGCCACCAGCUACCCACCCCUUAUGAGACCAGAAAGGAAAGUGGAUGUCAUUUUGCAUUUCAACUACAGCUCAGGUUCACAGACAGGGCCCCUGAAAGAUGCCUCUAAAUACUUUGCGAAACAGGGAAUUCCUUUCCCUACAAAGGUGCCAGAUGAUCAGGAAACUCCACAUCUGAAGGAAUGCUACAUCCUUGGUGAUAAAGAGAGCCCAGAAACACCUAUUGUGAUAUUUUUCCCUCUAGUAAAUGACACCUUCAGGGAAUACAAAGCACCUGGUGUGAAGCGUAGUCCGUCAGAGAUGGCAGAGGGAGAGGUUGAUGUUGCCAAUGCCUGUGGCCCAUACUACAUAAACAAUCUGAGCUACUCAGAGGAAAAUUUUGACAAACUGGUGAAUCUAAGUUACUACAAUGUCCAGAACAACAAAGAUCUGAUUCUUCAGGCCUUGCGUACAGCUGUGGAGCGGAAAAAGCAGCGUAAGGAAGAGCAAGCACUGCAAAAACCACCCGAUGGCUCUGGCAUGCGUGUGCCUGACAGAGAGGGAACCCAGCACUUGGCUGACUGCCCAGCACCAAGGGAAGAUGAAAUAAAGUACCUGUGAGUCCUGUCAAUGAAGAAGAACAGGAAUUUUAUUAGGAAGUGAAGAAAAGCCAAAGAACGCUAAGAAUGGCACUUCAUUUGUCGUCAAAAAUGUUAAGCCUGUCAGUGGAGGGAAUAAACUCAGAAAACCAGCUUUUCCUUAAUGAACUAAUGUGCUUCCCUCGUUGACAACCUCAGGGGCGCAGCUAGGUGAGGCUGUGCUGCACUGUACUUGCAGAAGUGACCUUCCAGGCCAGGGCCAAACUGCGUGGACGAGGAAGUGUGAGGAAGUUUACACUGUUUGUGUUCUACCUGUGCUAUAGAAACAGAGGAUUGCCAGUCCAGAAAUGCAGCAGAGAACAAAACCCAUUGUCUCUAAAACAAAAUCAAGGAAGCCGUUUGUGAACUAAGAAAUCUUUAUGUGAAUGUAAAUAAAUAUUAAAUUUAUAUAAUAAACCACUUCAUUUGAGUAGGAGUUACAGCAAAUAAAUAGUUUUCAUACCAAAUACAUGUUUCAGCCACUUAUUUUAGGUGUUUCUUCCUCUACUAGCAAGACAAAGACAACAUGCAGAUAUUUCAUAGCUGCUGAAAAAUUAUUGAAGAAAGUAUACCUGCUCCAGACCUAGGUGUAAGCUAGUCCAGGAUCCUGGGACCCCUUUAGUUUAGGAUUACAGCUAAGACCCAUCUUUACAAGAACCAACUCAUGUUAAUUUAUUUUAGUAAGCUGGAAUUAAAUGCUAUUGAUAAUACCAAAUGUUCUUUAACAUUGAUAAUAUUAAAGUGUUUGAGACUAUUACAUUGAAAAGACACAAGGAACACAGACAAAGUAGAACUAAAAUUGUAUACCUAAUAUUACUCAUGCAAAUGAGAUUUUUUUAACUUGCUAUAGAGUGUGGCAACUGAAGUUAACAGAACAACAACUUUCAACUUUCUGGUACUUUGGUUGUGACAUAAACAUGUCUCCUUUCCAGUAAGCUAUCUGGGUGGAAUCUGUAAAAGUCUACAUUUAUUCUUCUAAUUUUUUAAAUUCAAUGUUAUUGUUUUAUUUAUUAGACACCUUAUAUCCUCAGCCCAUGUUUCCUACAGGCUUCCCUGGUCCUCAGUACUGCUGCAGUAUUCUUUGUCAAGAAAUCCUGUUACUGUGGGCCAAAAAUGGAAGUCUUGCAAAUUCCUUUGCUCUCAAAGUUGAGGGUCUCCUCCUAGGUGGUGCACAGAGAUGUAACCUUCUGUUUGCCACUUAGGUCGGUGAACCUUUACCUGCACGCUACAGGAGCCCAUAGAGCUCCUAGACUGCAUGCCCAGAGUUUAUCUCCCAUGGAAACAAGAGAGCAAAGACAGCAGUCAUGCUGAUGAAUGCUGGAUCUCAUCACAGCAUGACAUGGGAUUUAGCCAGAGGGCACAGCCAGACCUGAGAAUUUGGAAGCACUCCCAGGUUCCCAUAUGCAGUUAGACCAUUAUAGUCUGAAGGGCAAAAAUUCACCGACAGCAGGAAGCAUCUAGGCAGGAAGUCUAAGACAAGCAGAAUGAGGAGUGUGAGUGCAAACACUUCCCUGCCCUUCCUGUGCUUUCCAGCAGACGUGAAAGGGUCAUGGAGAACAAUGAGCACUUUACCCCAUUUCAAAGAUCUUGCAUGCCAUAAUUACUCAGUAUCUCAGCUUUCUAUGUCCAACAAGAGUACAGAGGAAGAUGCCAGGCCUGAUCAAAGAGGUGGAACUGCUUCCACACAAGGUACGAAUAGCUAAGGAAUCUGCAACCUAGAAAAAGAACAGGAGGAGUGAAAGGCAGAGGUGAGAGAUGUAUGAAGUUGAUGCACCUCUCUUCUAUCACAAAACUUAGGAUCAGACAAAAGUAGUGAACAGCAGGCUGAAACAAAGUGAGCAGUUCUACAAUUAAGUUUUCUUGUUGAUAAAAUUUUAUGCAUUCAAAAAACUGAGACAUUCAUUGGAAAAUUUUUAGGGCUGAAAAAAUACAAUGGCUCUGCAUCUGCCUCUGUCCUCCACUGAAUCAUGAAUUCCCAGAGACUCGGAGGUACCUGACCUGUGAGGUAUUUGAACUAUGCAAGGUUCUCCAGUCACUAAAUACUGGAUUUAGCACCACAGACAAGGGGGAAAGGAACUUCACACUGCAAUACUUA